UACGCGGAGUACGUCCUGGCUUCGUUUCCGUCUUUCCUCCCCCGAAAUCCUGUCAAAAUCCCCCGAAGGCGUCUAAGAAGCUCCGCCCGAAAUUAAAAUCUGCACAUCCCCAAGGAGAAAGUGUCGCUUUUCGCCCGGUUCCCAUGCCACCAGGACCGUGGGAAAAUUCCAGUUGCAAACAGGUGGCCGCUGCUGGCUGAGUGUGUGCGUGCUUUCCCACAGUCCGCGGGAACACCGGUGGAACUGCUCACUCCCGCGCGCCCACUGCCUUCGCCAGUUCAUUGGCCACGUCCCUUCUCUUUCGCGCGGCUGCAAUUAAUUACGCGACGGGCCCUCGGCGGAGAUGAAUUCAAGAAUUUGUUCGCGUCGCGGUUGAUAGACGCUUCGUGUUCGCCGUGCUUGGAGGACGUUUGUGUUUUGUGCGGUUCGGGCCAGAUUGUGUUUACGUUCGCCACUGACCGUGCGGGAGUUUUCAUUAAUCAGAGUUGGACCUUGGAGUCGCGAAAGGGCGGCAGGAUCGGGACUGGGCGGUCCACCUGGCGGAGCGGUGUCAAGCGCAUUCGAAACUGACGCGACCAAGUGACAGCUGACGUACAAAAGUUUGGUUAUGUGCAACGUCCGCUGUCGGUGAAUGUUUGGCAUUUUGUUUUGGUUUCCGCGAAGUUUCUGUUUAUUUUGUGGUAAUUCGGCCGGAACCAUGUGCAGUGCUUAGACGGCUCGCGCGAUGGAGUUGAUUUGAUAGUGCCGCAGGCGGAAAUGCACGUUUCGCUGGUGAAAUAACUUGCAAUCUGGACGCGCAACGAAAUCGUCAAGUUAUGCCUCACUUUGGCGUUGGCCCGUACUCGCAGUCGCCCCCGAGUCCACCCCCAUCCGGAAUGCACCACGGCGCCCUCAUACCGCGUAUGGGCGGCGGACCCCUGGUCCCGAGCGGUGCUGCAGGCGGCCCGCUGUCCAACCCCAACGUGUACCGGCCACCCAUCGAGGACAAGAGGCUCACCCGCGAGGCAAUGGAGCGCUACCUGCGCGAGCGAAACGACAUGGUCAUCGUAAUCCUGCAUGCAAAGGUCGCUCAAAAAUCCUAUGGCAACGAAAAACGUUUCUUCUGCCCGCCUCCAUGUAUAUACCUUUUCGGAAACGGUUGGCGUCGUCGUCAAGAGGAGAUGCUACGCAAAGGUGAAAGCGAGCAAGGUGCUCAGCUGUGCGCUUUCAUCGGGAUCGGCAAUUCAGAUCAGGACAUGCAACAGCUCGAUUUGAACAAUGGCAAACAAUAUUGCGCCGCGAAAACUCUCUACAUAUCAGAUUCGGACAAAAGAAAGCAUUUCAUGCUGUCAGUGAAAAUGUUCUAUGGCAAUGGUCAUGACAUUGGCGUAUUCAAUUCGAAACGGAUCAAAGUCAUAUCGAAGCCAUCGAAAAAGAAACAAUCACUGAAAAAUGCCGAUCUGUGCAUAGCCAGUGGAACAAAUGUUGCUUUAUUUAAUCGUUUGAGAUCACAGACUGUUUCGACACGAUAUUUGCAUGUAGAAAGUGGACACUUUCAUGCAAGUUCGACACAAUGGGGUGCAUUUACGAUUCAUCUGCUUGACGAUAACGAGAGUGAAUCGGAAGAGUUUCAGGUACGUGAUGGCUACGUACAUUACGGAUCAACGGUGAAGCUGGUGUGCUCCGUAACUGGCAUGGCAUUACCUCGUCUCAUCAUACGUAAAGUCGACAAACAAAUGGCUCUCUUAGAAGCUGAUGAUCCUGUGUCGCAGCUUCACAAAUGCGCGUUUUACAUGAAAGACACCGAACGAAUGUAUCUCUGCCUGUCCCAGGAGAAAAUCAUCCAAUUUCAAGCAUCACCAUGUCCAAAAGAAGCCAACAAGGAAAUGAUCAACGACGGUGCUUGCUGGACGAUUAUAUCAACAGACAAGGCUGAAUAUCAAUUCUACGAAGGCAUGGGGCCUGUAUCAUCACCUGUGACACCGGUCCCAAUAGUCAAUUCCCUGAAUCUGAAUGGUGGUGGCGAUGUGGCCAUGUUAGAAUUAAGUGGUGAUAAUUUCACGCCACAUUUGCAAGUGUGGUUUGGAGAUGUUGAGGCCGAAACCAUGUAUAGAUGUACUGAAACAUUGCUGUGUGUCGUCCCGGAAAUUUCACAAUUUCGUGGUGAAUGGCUCUGGGUACGUCAGCCAACGCAAGUGCCUAUCUCAUUAGUGCGAAAUGAUGGUAUCAUCUAUGCAACCGGAUUGACAUUCACCUACACUCCGGAGCCAGGACCACGGCCGCACUGUACGCCAGCCGAAAGUGUGAUGCGUACCCGACAAAAUAACAAUAACAAUAGUAGUGCCAACAAUAACAAUAACAAUUCGACAAACAGUCCGCAACAGCAACAGUCGUUACCAUCCAUAUCGGAUGUAGCGUGGAACUCGCAUAGUGGUCUGUCAUGAAACCGUUUCCACCACCACAAGCACCUCGACACUAAGUUUAAAUAUUCUAUAACACUAGACUAUACAGUAAUAUCGUUUAACCUCGAAUAUAUAUUAUUUAUUUUAGUGGAAAUAUUUAGCGAGAGAGAAGCAGCCGCUGUCAGUACAUUCCGUGUUGCUUCAGAGAUUUUUGUAUUUUGCUCUAUUCUAUCGACGUUUAAGCUUUUGUCCUACCAAUUUUCUGGGUUAUACUGUAUUUCGAUGUAUUUUCACGCCCUGACAGUGAUUUUUGUAUUAUUGCAAUUUAGGUAAUCUCAUAAACGUCUUAUGAACGUUUUGUUUUUAAGUCACUCCCCGCUUUCCCGGCAAUGCUGCAUAGGUGUCUAUACUUCUUAUGGAAAGAAUAGUUAGUUGCGCUUUUCUGUUCCAGCUUACCUAGAUCUCUUCUUACUUUACAUCAGACCCCUUCUUUCAAUCCUUGACUUAGCAGAUGAAAGAUUUAUGGCAAUUUAUUUUUCUGAAUAGGAUUAGAUUUAAGGAGUAUUGUAAAUAGUUUUAUAUAAAAUUCCAAAAAAGAAACUGCAACAUAUUGAUAACGAAAUAAAUUAUUUUUCAAUAUAAA